GCGCACAUACCAAGCUAGUGUGCUGAGCCCUACCUCCGACUUUGACCAGAUGAAGAGCGGGGUUGCCCACCGUUUCCCACAGUUCUCCCUCAACUUCCGCCGCCCCAGACGGUCCAUCUCCGGCUCGCCCCCCGACAUCGAGCUUGUCGCCAACCCCAAGGUGUUGUCUCUGGGCGCCGAUGUGCUGCCUGAGUACAAGCUCCAGGCUCCCGAUGUCCACAGGUGGAUCAUGCUGCACUACAGUCCCUUCAAGGCGGUUUGGGACUGGGUCAUCCUGCUGCUGGUGCUCUAUACGGCUGUCUUCACUCCUUACAGUGCUGCCUUCCUACUGAACAUUUUGGAGCAAGAGCGCACGCGCCCCUGCGGCUACGCAUGCAACCCACUCAACGUGGUGGACGCCAUCGUGGACAUCCUGUUCAUUGUGGACAUCGUGAUCAACUUCCGCACUACGUACGUCAACCGCAACGACGAGGUGGUGACGCACCCGAAACGCAUCGCUAUCCACUACGUCAAAGGCUGGUUCCUCAUCGACAUGGUGGCUGCCGUUCCUUUUGACCUGCUCAUCUUUAAAUCUGGGUCAGAUGAGACAACCACCACUCUGAUUGGCCUGCUGAAGACGGCACGACUACUGCGAUUGGUCCGUGUGGCCAGGAAGUUGGACCGAUACUCUGAGUACGGAGCUGCCGUUCUCUUCUUGCUGAUGUGUACAUUUGUGCUGAUUGCCCAUUGGCUGGCAUGUAUCUGGUAUGCCAUCGGCCAUGUGGAAAGGCCCUACAUGAAAACAGGCUGGCUGGAUAACCUGGCCGACCAGCUGGGGAAGCACUACAAUGACAGUGACGCCAGCUCUGGACCUUCGAUAAAGGACAAGUACAUCACUGCACUAUACUUUACCUUCAGCAGCCUGACCAGUGUGGGCUUUGGGAACAUCUCACCAAACACCAACUCUGAAAAGAUCUUCUCCAUCUGCGUCAUGCUUAUUGGCUCCCUCAUGUACGCCAGCAUAUUUGGGAAUGUCUCAGCGAUCAUGCAGCGCCUUUACUCUGGAACCACACGCUACCACACACAGCUGCUGCGAGUGAAAGAGUUCAUCCGUUUCCACCAGAUACCCGGAGGACUACGGCAGAGGCUGGAGGAAUACUUCCAGCAUGCCUGGUCCUACACCAACGGCAUUGAUAUGAAUGCAGUUUUGAAAGGUUUUCCUGAAUGCCUGCAGGCUGAUAUCUGUCUGCAUCUGAACCGCACGCUGCUGCAGAACUGCAAGGCCUUCAGAGGAGCCAGCAAAGCCUGCCUCAGAGCCCUUGCCAUGCGCUUCAAAACCAUACAUUCCCCACCAGGAGACACCCUCUACCACCACGGAGACAUACUCAAUACCCUGUACUUUGUCUCCCGCGGCUCCAUUCAGGUGUCCUGCAACGACAUGGUGCUCGUUGUACUGGGCAAGAAUGAUAUAUUUGGUGAGCCCAUUAACCUGUACGCGGAGCCUGGCCAUUGCAAUGCUGACGUGAGGACACUCACCUAUUGUGACCUUCACCGUAUCCAGAGGGACGACGUCUUGGAGGUGCUGGACAUGUACCCUGCCUUCGCUGAAAGCUUCUGGAGGAACCUGGAGAUCACCUUCAACCUCAGAGAAGCAGAUCCGGUUGUGCACACGAUACACAAUGAAGUUUCGGACUGCAUUUACCAUGCCAGUCACUCAAGAUGUCAGACACACAGACGCAACAGACCAGAUGGGAUGGAUCAGGAUGAUUCUUACCCACUUCAGGCUUGCACAAAUUUGGGUCAUCACUGCUCCUCUGGCCCUCAUUCCCACUGGGAAGAAAUGUGCAGCUGUGCCUCCUCCACAUCCCAGUCCAGCGAGGACCUCAACAAACCACCUCUGGCCCACAACCAGGUGUACACUGGAGGAAACCACCAGGAUUACCAUCCACCUGUGGUACGGCUGGUGCCACCCAACAGCACCUCAGGGGUGGGCAUAGAGCCUGGCAUGGACAGAGGGCACUCAGGAACUCAUCUCUCUGGACUGUACCGUUACUGGCCAGAUUGCCGGUGUAAUCAGUACGCAGAACAAUGUUGUCGAUCCUCUUCUAUCCAAGCUUCAUACCAUCUGCCACCAUUUGCAGACGAUUGUCCCACUGAGCUCGAGUCCAGACUGGAGUUACUGCAGAGCCAGCUUAACAGGCUGGAGACAAGAAUGACUGCAGACAUCAACGUGAUCCUUCAGCUUCUGCAGAGACAGAUUACCCCUGUGCCCCCUGCAUACAGCUCUGUAUCUCCUGCGAGCAACGCCCCAGACCCCUCCAUCUUGUAUGGGACAAGUGCACCAGUGCUUCACAGCCUGUAUCCAAUUCCCCAUCUUCCGUUGGAGAGCAGAUCGACCACAAUCCAGCAGAGCGCAGCCCAGCCGGAUUCAAAGCUCAAACCAAAGUCACAGGAUUCCCUGCUGAGUGGCAUCCUGGAGACGGUGGUGUCAGAUGAGGAUGAGAGCCUUCAUGUUAGCUCAGAGACUAAGCUGGCUGUGACCCCCAUUCACCAGGCCUCUCCCAUUUUGAUGGAUGCAACACGCCUCCAUGCUUCUCUUCGUUUCCCCUCGCUGCCUGGGAAUUUGGAUACCUCUUCAUGCCUCGGAGAAAUCCACAAACAUCUAUCUGAUCCAGUCUUGUCUAUCAACUAAUGGCUGCCUGGAAAACACCUUCCAAGUUUGACCAAAAUUGCAUCUGAUUGAUGUCAGGGAACGUAUCUAACAUAAUCACACAUCAAGGCUCAAUCACCAGGAUUCUAGGUUUCCCCAAGAA